CGGGGGGUUUGCAGCUUCUAAACAACGCUUCGGGUCGCGACCCGGGCGCGCUGCCGGGCGCUGCCGGCUGUCGUGAUGCCGUCCUCGCGAGAGGACAUGUCGCCUGAGACGAGGCCGCUACAGCGACGGCGUGAACGACGCCAAUUGGGGCUGGCUGUGUGCUUGUUGGGCCUUGUAGCGACCGAGGCCUGGGUUGGCGUGUCCAGAACUCAGAGGCCGAAAACAACUGGCAUCGCCCUGAGAGCGGAGCUGUCGACGGUGAGUCCAGGAGAUCGCUUCGUGGGGUGGAUCCGACACCCAGUCCUGACUAGCAGGCAAAAGUUUGACCUCGUGGUGGAGGUGGGGCCUGGAGAGGAGGAGGGCGCAUGGAAGAUCAUUGACCCCAACAAAAGAUUAAAGGCCAGAAAGUCCUAUGAAGGUCCUUGCAAGGUCAUCAGAUAUGACGAUGGCGGCAUCGCCUUCCGGGAUUUGGAUACUCUCCUCAAUGGCACACUGAAUGGAGCCGGGCCGGGCACCAUUUCCGGCCGCACGGUGCAGGGCGGCUUGAAGUGGGGCGGGUUCUUUGAGGUCAAACUCGAAGAAUGAUGCCCUGUGAAAGCGAGCGAAUUCUCUUGGAGUUGCGCAGUUGGGUCGGUCACAAUUGGCUGGUGAUUUUGGUCUCAGUUUUUUUGGUUGAUUUUCGG